AUGAUAGAUAAUGCAAAAAGUUACAUGCGGGCUAAUUCAGUGAGUAAAGACUUACAAAGUCGUAUACUUCGAUGGUAUGAUUAUGCAUGGUCAAAAGGAUGUGGUGGCGGCGGUCAGGAUAUUAAUACAAUCGGUCUAUUACCUGAUAAACUGAAAACAGAAUUAGCGUUAAAUGUAAAUUUGGAGACAUUGAAAAAGGUGACAAUAUUUCAUGAAUGCAGACCAGAGUUUUUACAUGACAUUGUCUUAAAAAUGCGACCGCUUGUAUUUACACCCGGUGAUUUGAUCUGUCGUAAAGGAGAAAUUGCCCGUGAAAUAUUUAUAAUCGCUGAUGGUGUACUUGAAGUUAUAAGUGAAACCAAUGAAGUACUAUCAAGAAUGAGUGCAGGUGAUUUUUUCGGUGAAAUUGGUGUGCUGAACGUUGAUGGUGUAAAUAAGAGAACUGCUGAUGUACGUGCUGUUGGAUAUGCGGAGUUAUUCGUUUUGUCUAGAGAAGAUAUACUGAAGGCCUUAAAAGAUCAUCCAGAAGCUGAGGUUGUCAUACGAAAACAUGCAACCCGCCGGUUGUAUGAAACCCGUGAACGUCAAUAUGCCUAUUAUAUGCAUGGGAAGAAAUCAACCACUUCACAUGGCUCAAUCAAUAGAACAUCAAAUCAAACUGGUUUUUCACAAGAAGACAAUGCUGCAGUGAAAUUUGAAAUACCACAGAUUGUAACUCCACAAAGUUCAAUAACAGAAAUACUUCAUGACAAGGAUAAUAAUUCAACAAUUCAAAUGGUGUCAACCUACUCUUCAGAGAUGACUCCAAAGAAUUCUAUUGAUAUAAGUGAUGCGAUUCGCUUAUCUGAGGCAUUGGAUCAAUUCGCGGACAGAUGGGAAUCAAUCCUGAUGAAUGUGAUCAAGAAUUAUCGUAAAGAGAUAAAUGUAUUACGUGAACAAAUCCUUCAGUCGAACAGAACAAACACAAAUUAA